AACGCAACUCAUGGAGCGGAUUGUCAGCAUAGGAUGAGGAUAUCCACGUUUCCCUCGUUCGCGAUUCAUAUCUAUCUUCUUAAUACCUGAUCGCGAAGACGGCAUGAUUUCGAUUUCGAGCUCGAGACGAAGAUAUUUGCGACAAUGUCUGCCACGGUCUUGAAGACGGGCGACAAGCCCGCGGCCACCGCGAUGAUAGCUACGUCUGACGAGCCUCAGAAGUCCCCGAAGCAUUAUCGAGGUUUUGUAGGCGGCGUUUUCAGUGGCAUUGCGAAGCUCUCAGUCGGCCACCCAUUCGACACUGUUAAAGUGCGCCUACAAACGACCGAUAAGUCACAUUUCCGAGGGCCGGUGGAUUGUCUACUACAGACAUUGAAGAAGGAAGGAUUCGCGGGGUUAUACAAGGGUGCUACACCACCGUUGGUAGGAUGGAUGUUCAUGGACUCUCUUAUGCUAGGCUCCCUUACCAUGUACCGCCGCAUCCUAAACGACUCUCUAUUCAACCCACCGCGCCUUGGCGAAUCGCAACGCAAACUCCCCAUCCUCGGUCACGCAGCAGCAGGUGUAAUGGCGGGAUGGACCGUGUCCUUCAUCGCCGCGCCAGUUGAGCACAUCAAAGCGCGGUUACAGGUGCAGUACGCAGCAGAUAAAAGCAAGAGAUUAUACAAAGGCCCAAUCGACUGUCUCCAGAAAAUUGUGCGCGGCCACGGCAUGCGCGGUUUAUACCACGGCCUCAGCGCAACGCUACUCUUCCGCACAUUCUUCUGCUUCUGGUGGGGCACAUACGAUCUCUUCACACGGCAGUUGCAGAAGCGCACAGAUCUGUCGGCACCGGCGAUCAACUUCUGGGCGGGUGGGUUGUCGGCGCAGGUGUUCUGGAUGACGAGUUAUCCUAGCGAUGUGGUGAAGCAAAGAAUAAUGACGGACCCAUUGGGGGAAGGGAGACAAUUUCCGAGAUGGAGAGACGCCGCGAAAGCGGUGUGGAGGGAGAAUGGAUGGAGAGGCUACUGGAGAGGCUUUGCACCCUGCUUCCUAAGGGCGUUUCCGGCAAAUGCUAUGGCAUUGGUCGCAUUUGAGGGGGUGAUGCGGGCUUUGCCAGAGUGAAGAGCGUAGCUUUGUGAAUGAUGAUCCUCACGUACUACAGGGGGCCAAAAGCUACAUCAGGAACUUACUUUGUUAUCAGCUGGAGAGCUGCCGGCGAGACGUAAAUAGCAAGGAACUUGCUCAAUUCCGACGCGAAAGACGUCGAGUCAGGUUAUCUAAUCCUGCCAAUGACUCUGAUCCUCCGCAAAGCUGUAUUUUUGAUAGCCCCUUUUGCCGGGGAUGCUGCACGUGCAAAAUGGACCACGUCAUGAGCCUCUAGUAUAUAGGCCAUGUCUCUUAAGAGCCCAAAGGGGCUUUCCAAUAUUGCAAGAUUUGAAGGUACUUUGUUGUAGAAUGCUAGGCGCCAACUCUAUUCCCCAAUCUGCGUUCGUAUCAGUCUUGAGGUGAUGGGAUUGGAGAG